CAGUCUCAUGUGACAGACUUCUUUAGGACUAGGGCUAGGAACUCCUCGUUGGAAAGGCAACUAAAAAGCAACAAUGUCAUUUCAGGACUGGAAGCGUAUUUUUGAGGAGAAGACUGAAGAGCUUCAUGGUCACAGCUGGAGUUUUGAGUUUGAUGACUCCAUUGAGCCAGAGAACCCAGCUCAUAACUGGUAUCAGUACAUCCGGGGAGCUUUUGCAAGAUUCACCUGCUCCAAGUGUAAGAGGACUUGGCCCUCCAAAAGGGUGCUGGUUGUGUUUGAUUUUCAGCUGCAGGAAAGGACAAAGACGGGAACAGUCAAAGCGCGUCGCUUCCGACAGAACUGCAAAAGGUGCAAGGAAGCCAAGAUGGAGGAGCCCCAGUUCGAGCUAGAGAACAUCGAGGUGCUGCUGGAGAAGCUGGUUGAGAGAAUCCGCAUGAGGUGUUACAGGGAAAACCUGGGCCAGAACAACAGGGGGUUUCGACCUGUUGGGAUAUCCGAGGGACCACACGAGUCUUCUCACUGUGAGGCCUGCCAAAAAGGCAUCUGCCGAAAAUCUGAAUAAAACGGCUUUACUGUAGGGCGCUUCAUGGCUGUACUGUCUGGGACUAGGGUUAUACUGUCUGGGACUAGGGUUAUACUGUCUGGGACUAGGGUUACACUGUCUGGGGCUUCAUGUAUUCAUUGGAACAGUGACAGUUACAAAUACUAUGCAUUACUUUGCACUUUCCAGUGGCUAGAAGCCUGUAAUGCUCUCCAGCAUUAAGGCCUAAAAUGUUUUUGAAUAUAAUUUAUUUUUAUGUAUUGCCCUUUAAAUCAGGCAACUACUUCUUAAUGUGUAAAUGUAUCAGUUUAAUUUAAUGAAUUUAACAGAAUAUUAUUUAUUUAAUUUACCACCUAAUGUUUCCCCCGUCAGUUAUUGGCGUCAUCAAAUGUAACAGCCAUCUGGAUCGAUUCAUAUAUGAUCACCAAUCUGGGCAGUGAUUGUUGCCUUGCUGUUCUGCUAUCAUAUAUUUUUACAAGCUUAUUUCAAAUAAAUUGCACUGAGAUGUGAGUGUUGGAAAUGAAA